UCAUUCGAUGGUAAAGCUGACGUUGCUGUGAGAUACAGGUCCGAUAAACAGCCGCUACCGCACACGAUGGCCGAGUGAAGAAGGGCUUCAGAAAUGAGCUCCAGCCUCUGCGCUCCAGGUCUCGCAAAUCUUUCCCUCACACCACUCCUUCUCCCUCCCACAUUGACCACCUCCCUCCGCCGCCGCAGUCGACAGCAUUCGAACUUUAACUCAUUCCUAGCCUCGUGCUAUUGCAUACUCAUUCUAAAUCUCCCCUGCGACUUCUCCGAUCCUUCCCCUGACAGCUUGCUGCGUGCUCGACGUGGCAUCACGGCCCAGAUGUCAGAAUUUCUCGGGUCACGCAUCUCGCUUAUUUCCAAGAGCGACAUCCGCUAUGUUGGCACACUCCACGAGAUAAAUUCAGACGAGUCCACAGUUUCGCUUGAAAAUGUCCGAUCGUUCGGAACUGAGGGUCGUCGUGGCCGGCCCGAGGAGGAGAUCUCCCCCUCAGACCAGGUCUACGAGUACAUCGUGUUCCGUGGCAGCGAUGUGAAGGAUCUCCGCAUCGAGGAACACCCCAGCAUCAAGGAGAACAAGGCGCCUCCCGCCAUGCCCGACGACCCUGCCAUUGUUGGAGCCCGCACUCGCGAUGCCGCCCCACCAAACCAAGGUGCUCCUCCCGCUGGCUUUCAGCAACCCUAUCCGCCGAACAACUUCUACGGAGGCCCGCCUCCUCCAGGACCUCCUGGCUCCUGGGGCCGUGGAGGUGGACCGGGCCCCAUACCGGGCCCUGCUUUUGGCAACAUGCCAUACCCGCCACCACCGGGCUGGUUCCCACCCGGACAAGCCUUUCCUCCUGGUGGCCCUGGACCGUGGAACAAUCAUCCCUUCCCGCCUGGCCCUGGCGGGCCCCCAGGCCCUGAUGCGCUGAACCAGCGUCAAGGUCCUCCCGCCGGCCCGGCCCAGGAACAAAAGGGCGGCCCCCAGGGCCCUGGUGUGGACAGAUCCAAACCAGCAGGGCAGCAGGGCCCAGCUGUCCCUGCGACUGAGCCGAAAUCACUGGCUCAGACGGCUCGUCAGCCUUCCAAUGCCCCGAGCCUACCCGUCGAGUCGAAGCCAUCCGUUGCGGAAGUCAAGGCUGCUGCCAACACAUUGAAGGCGAACGGAUCUACCGUCAGCGCGGAGGCGUCCAAGCCUGUUCCUGCUGGCCCACGAAACAACCGCGUGAACCCAGUGUUACCCCUCUCGGGCACGGCUGUGAAGCCUUUCCAACUUCCCACAGCUGGCAAGACAGCACCCACCACGGUGAAGACAACCGUGACGGGUGGACAAAACAGUGUUGAGGACGCUACCAGCGCGGCACGAGCCGCCGUCGCUGUGGCCAUGGCACAGCUUGGCAACACGAGCGGCACGGCCAUGGACAACUUGACGAACAAGGUCAACGAGAUGAGGGUGAACGCCGGGAGAGGAGCAGCUGCUUCCAACCCGCGUCCUCGAGGUCGUGGUGGCCGUCACGGCACGCAAAAGAUCGAUGUUCCUGAUUCGGAUUUCGAUUUCGCGCAAGCCAAUGCCAAAUUUAACAAGCAAGACAUUGCAAAGGAAGCAAUUGCUGGAUCCCCUUUGACGGAACAACCUACUGAGCCCGUAAUCGAGGCUCCUGAAACCGAGCUCGCCGACGGUAGCGUUCCCGUGGCCUAUAACAAAUCCAGGUCAUUUUUCGACAAUAUUUCGAGCGAAGCCAAGGACAGAGCCGAGAAUGGAGGCCAGAAGCCCGGAGGCCGAGAGUGGCGCGGCGAGGAGCAGCGCAAGAACAUGGAGACUUUCGGCCAAGGUAGUGUUGACGGCGGAUACCGCAACUAUCGUGGACGCGGACGCGGGCGUGGCCGUGGUCGCGGAUUUGGACGUGGCGGCCGUGGAGGGGGCCGACCGCAGUACCAAUCUGGGGCACCCGACCAGUAGAUCCAACCGACUUAUCGAUAUCGUUGGAGGCAAUUCAGGGUAGGGUGGCAGCUGGAUGACUGCCGCAACAGGCCCCAGUUGAGGGCUCAUCAAUACCUUUCGACGGGAGAAUUGCAUUUUUAUCCCUUUACGACGAUGUAACAACACUCCCUCUUCUUUCGGGACGAUUUGGUUCUUCAAAAUCUGCUUGUGGGAGCGAGUAAGGGAUGCGAAUACUCCUGCUUUUUCAGCGGACUCAGCGGAACAUCGGAGCGAUGGUUUUGCCGGUUAUGGAACGAAACCAAGGCCCAGGAGUUUGGAUUACGAAUCAAGUGGAAGCUGCCUUAAUGUGAAUAUGAAUACUCGGAUGGCGGACUCGCAUCGGUGGCGGGAAUGGUUAUCGGCGAACAGCGUGGGCAAUGCGGAAAGAAGCCUAUAAGAAAAGGCCAAGCGAGGACUGUAAACUCGACGCCGCAUGCGGCUUGAGAAAUGGGCCUAGUUUUUUUGCUUGAUGCCGGUGGCGAUAUGGCUGCCCUCGGACGAAAAUACAGUUUUCAUCAAGG